AUGGCGACGAACGGAUCUCGAGAUGCGCCAGAUGUGGCCGCACUUCGCAAGCAUCUCGUCUUCUACCCGGACUACCCCAAACCGGGAGUCAACUUCUGCGAUAUUCUUCCCAUCCUGCGCAAUCCGAUCGCAUUCGAAGGUCUUAUCACCCAUCUCCUUUCGCACGUGUUCGGCGUGACGCUGCCCAGGCUGGGAGAUGGAGCAAAGAUCGAUGCUGUGGUAGGGCUGGACGCUAGAGGAUUUUUGCUGGGACCUAUCCUUGCACUGCGCCUCGGAGCUGCCUUUGUUCCCGUCAGGAAGCAGGGCAAACUUCCUGGAUCAUGCGAACAGGCAGUGUAUGCCAAAGAGUACGGAGAGGUGAGUGGUGAUGAUGAGAGCUCAAGAGGGCGUCUGGCCCAAGGCGCUCAUACUUGUCCUCGGUGACCACCUUCAUCUAGGACAUCUUUGAGGCGCAAGCAGGCUCGGUGCCAGCAGGAGCCAACGUGCUCGUGGUGGAUGACUUGAUCGCGACAGGCGGCUCCGCGAAAGCUGCAGGACAGCUCGUCACAAAGCUUGGCGCAAAGGUGGUCGAGUACCUCUUCAUCGUCGAGAUUCCUUUCUUGAAGGGCACAGAGAAAUUAGAUGCUCCGGCCUAUUCGUGAGUAUACUGCUUCAAAGCGCUCUCAUCCUUCGGAAGCUCAUGCUUGCAGCUCUUCAUCGUGAAAUGCAGCAUGAUAGAUGUAGACUAG